CACCCUCUUCCUCUUCCAACAACCUUCAACAUUAACCAUCCAACGCAAUGCAUCAAGCGAUUCCCUUCAGAUCAUGGCGCCCUCUCCACAACCCCACCACCCAUUUCACCCCACUCCCAUUAAUUACACAUUCCCACAACGAUGCUCAUAACAACACUGUUACCACUCAUCACGAUCCUUCUAAAUCACCCAAACACGAACCCAUGCUGCUCAACAUGGUCUGGGAGAAUGCCGUUACGGUGGUUGGGAGAAGAGGCUGCUGCAUGAGCCACGUCGUCAACCGUUUGCUUCUUAGUCUCGGUGUUAACCCUGCGGUUUAUGAGGUCGAGGAGAACGACGAAGCCAUUGUCGCCACUCAAUUGGAAGCUACGGUUCGGACUGAAGGGGUGGCACCGCAGGGGAAGCUGCAGUUUCCUGCGGUUUUCAUCGGUGGAAAGUUGUUUGGAGGCUUGGAUAGAAUCGUGUCCACUCAUAUUUCUGGUGAAUUGGUUCCUAUUCUAAAACAAGCUGGGGCUUUGUGGCUAUGAUAUCGCUUUCUUAUUCUUUACUACAAUAUCAUUUUUCUUUUUUUUUUCUUCACCCUGUUUCAUUGUUACUCUUCUUCUUUGUAAUUUUCCUGAAAGAUGAUUCAGAAUAAUCACUUUCUUGAGCCUUAGAUUUUAGCUAUGCUAUUUUGAUGAUAUGCAUGAAUUCUAAUCAAAACAUUAAAUGGGAAAUUUCUACUCUGAGUUGAGCUGUUAAA